CUUUUCAUUCGCCUCUGAUCGCCGCGCUGGAUUGUUCCCCUCUCUCCUCUCUCUCUCGCUCAACAAAAGCCCCGAUCCCCAGUCUGUCUGCCUGCCUGCCUGCCUGCCUGCCUGUCUGUCUGCAGAUAUAGGUCUAUAGACAUCUAUAUGUGUAGCAUAUAUAUCUGUAAAUACACACACACAUAGCUGCAUAAGCUGCUGCUCUCCGGACGUUUUCCCAGGCGGCUUCGGGGGUUGCAUGGUGGUGCUUCGGCUGCUUCAGCGGCUCAACAAAUGCAGAAAAGGGAGAAAAGUUUCGGUAUACAAAUGCUCUCCGUCCAGCCGGACACCAAGCCAAAAGGCUGUGCCGGCUGCAACCGGAAGAUCAAGGACCGCUACCUGCUGAAGGCCCUCGAUAAGUACUGGCACGAGGACUGCCUGAAGUGUGCCUGCUGCGACUGCAGGCUCGGCGAGGUGGGCUCCACGCUCUACACCAAAGCCAACCUCAUCCUGUGCCGGAGAGACUACCUACGGUUGUUUGGCGUAACGGGGAACUGUGCAGCCUGCAGCAAGCUAAUCCCCGCCUUCGAGAUGGUCAUGAGGGCCAAAGAGAACGUCUACCACCUGGACUGCUUCGCGUGUCAACUCUGCAAUCAGAGGUUUUGUGUGGGAGACAAGUUUUUCCUGAAGAACAACAUGAUCCUGUGCCAGACAGACUACGAGGAGGGGCUGAUGAAGGAGGGCUACGCUCCCCAGGUCCGCUGACCCUCGCAGGCUGACGCGGAGGUAGAAGAGAAGAGGAGGAGUGGGAGAAUGAGAGAGACUGAAGGAGAGCUUGCAAUCACACAACAAAAAGCACUAUAGCCUCCUGUCCAUCUCCUGUCCCCCACAUGUACAUAACUGAGCAAGCAAGCCUCCCUGCAUGGGAGUGUGGACACAUUCUGCUGUACAAAAUAGCCAUAGAGAUGCCGGCAUGGCAAAGACAGGCCCUGGAAGCAUACAACAAACUACAACUACAAGAAAAAUAUUUGCUCAUUUUCUUUGUUUGUGACUGAUCAAUGCUGCCUCUGUUCCUCUGGCCAACAUACACUGGUCUCAGAGCAAUUUCUCACCAACCAUGUGUUCCCAGACGGAAAAAAAAAAGAAAAAAGAAUAACUAACCCACCUAAAACCAGACUUGUCUCAUUUAAUCUGACAAGGACAGAGUCCCACCUGACUGCACAGUACAACAUCUUCUACUUGAAUCGAAAAACACACUGAGGUAUUAUCAAUCAAUGUAAUUUUGCGAUGAAGACCUUUUUACUGUAUUGAUAUCUGAUGAAAUACACAGUGAAUGUAAACUGAAGAGCGGCAAAAAUGUUACCCUUGGAUGACUGGUUUAUUGUGUGUGUGUGUGUGUGUGUGUGUCUUCGGGUUGAGGACUUCUCUACAGUGCAGUCUAACAAGGCUUGGCCUGGUCCAUAUCAGAAGCUUACAGUAACAAAGCUGACGACACUAACAAAUCACAAAGCUGUGUCAGUAAACACAUGAAACACCUGAACCCUAAUGACUAGCAUCACAUGUUUUUAUAUUUGAACCAGUCCAGAUUUGACCAGUAAACGUCAUUGGAUGUUUUCAGUGUCAAUGAAAACACCCGUAUCUUGUCAAAUCUGCCCAGCACCAAACUCAUUUCACACUUAAGCUGCUUUCAUACAUGCAAAAAGUCUUCACAUGUUCCGUAAACUGUCCACAGGGAAAUUGUAAACGUCCGUAAAAGUGGCUCCGGACAAUUUGUAGAACAGGGGUCUCAAACUCAAAUGACCUGGGGGCCACUUGAACUUCAAGUCUGGUCAGGAAGUGUUUAUUUAUGAUCCAAAACAAGUCUAUAAAUAUCAAAAACAGACAUUUAAAUGGUGGGCCGUGUGUUUAAGACCUCUGUUCUAGAACUACUCCUACCAGCUCACUCCAAUUAAUGAAUGACUGAGCCCAUUCACAACCAACGCCAUAGAACGUUUGGACCCAAUUGUCCAACCGUUCAUGUCUGAACACGGUGACCAAAAAGAGGCAGACACUUUUACGGCAGGUGGUGGAGACCAAAAAGGAGCUACGAGUCACCAGGUGUCCACUUAAUGUGUGUGUAGAAAGCAGCUUUAAAUGGUAUGGAUCAGACAAAAUGCCUGUAGAUGAACUUCCUAACUGUGAGAGACUAUCUUUAGUGGGGUCAUGAGAGUCAGUUUCCUUCCUCAAAUGCAUUCCAUCAGAGCCACUUUCAGCAGUAUGACUUGGGUUCGGACUGUAACACCAGGCUCUGGAAGGCUGUGUAAUGUCUUUUGUUUGCUUUAAAGAGUCUUUUUUAUUUAUUAAAACCUUCGCUUUCACACUGUUUAAACCGAAAUAUGAGGGAAUUCUCAUGGAGGCAGGUUGUCGCUGCGGCUGUAAGGGGUGUACGGGAUCGUAACGGGAUGGUGGGCGGGUUGGUAACUUUUUGUACACUAAUUUAUUUGAUAAACGUUCAAUGCUUCACCAGUUGUCCAAGAUUUAGCAUUGUUUCCCCUGCUGGUACUCAAAUCCAGGUAACGUUUUCUUCAUCACUUGCUCACGUUGAGGAUGAAAGACGCGGCCAUCUAAGCCGUGAUGGCUCCCUGCUGCAGUGGAGCUACGUUCUUCUCCAACGACCGUUCAUAUUUUUUAACAUGACACAUCAGCAUCAGAGCAUGUGCAACAGCACUCGGCACCAUCUCCCAGCUGGAAAACAAGAGAUCCUUUCUCUAAUUUGUAAAUUAUGGGUGUACAUAAAAGAAAUAUUCAUUUUUGCUUGCUAUUGUACAAUGAUUUCUUUUUAUGUGUCAUCCAGCAUGAGAUGUUUAUUUUUAGGACAACGCUUGUAAAUACUGUAAUUGUAAUAAUUUUAAGCACAAAUGUAAUACAGUUUUAUUGUGUUA